AUGGCGCACCCCCACUUCCUGUCCUGCCUGCUGCUCCUGCCGCUGGGCGCCUGCUUCCCUCUCCUGGACAGAGAAGCGCCCGUGGACACCCCGGGCGGCACUGGAGGCGAGAUGAGCUGGGCCCACCUGGCCGGGGGACGCGCGGUCCACUUGCCGUGGGGCCCCCCUCCGUGGCCGAGAGCGCCCCGCCCACACGCCCUGCUGGUCACGGCCAAGGAGCUGCAGGUGUCGGGCCGAGCGCGGGCCGGCUUCGGGCUCCGGUUCGGGAGGCAGGAUGAGGGCCGCGGGGCCGCCGGCUUCCUCCUGGCCGACGGCGAGAAGGCCGGUAGCCCGUUAGGCACGCUGGCCGGGGAGCUCAGCGGCUACAGCAGGAAGAAAGGCGGCUUCAGCUUCCGCUUCGGCCGGCGGUGA